AUGCUGCAGCCUGAUCCAUGUAGUCUCUCCGGAACACUGAUGAUCGUAAAAUUGCAUUUAUGAGCAUGAUUACAGACGCUUUGGGAUCUAUGGAUGAGCAUUCGCAAAACUGUCACAAACAACACUUGUAUUGCGCAGGACUGAAACUUUCAGCAAGUGUGCAUAAAAGCUGAGUGAGCGCCCAUUCGCUGCAGUAUAUCUCAGUUGCCUGAAGACACUCAGACGUCAUCAUCAGAAUUCAUCCACCAUGGGUCACCUAACCUCUGCAUUACUGAGGGGUCUCUCUCUCCUGCUGGUGUCCCGGAGUGUGUUUGCCAUGGUGCUGUUUAAUGCCACAGAUCUCGGCAUUCUCUUGGAGAAGUACCUGGAUGAUGAUGGAGACUGGAUGGUGGAGAGACAUCGAAGCAAGAGGGCCAUCACUGCUAGUGACAUGCAAGCAAUCCUGGACCUCCACAACAAACUCCGGGGUCAGGUCUACCCACCAGCUUCAAAUAUGGAAUACAUGGUGUGGGACACUGAACUGGAGCAGAGUGCUCAGGAAUGGGCAGAGACCUGCCUGUGGGAACAUGGCCCAACUGGCCUGCUGCCUCAGAUUGGUCAGAACCUGGGAGUGCACUGGGGAAGAUAUCGUCCACCUACUUCUCAUGUACAAGCCUGGUAUGAUGAGGUCAAAGACUACUCGUUCCCAUAUCCCCAGGAAUGUAACCCUCACUGUCCUUUUAAAUGCAGUGGUCCAGUCUGUACCCACUACACUCAGCUUGUUUGGGCAACUAGUAGUCGAAUUGGCUGUGCGAUCAAUGUGUGCUACAACAUGAAUGUGUGGGGCCAGAUCUGGGCAAAAGCUGUUUAUCUUGUGUGCAACUACUCACCAAAAGGAAACUGGUGGGGAUAUGCCCCAUAUAAGCACGGCACCUCUUGCUCUGCCUGUCCACCCAGCUAUGGAGGAUUGUGCAGAGAAAAUCUCUGUUAUAAAGGUGAUGGAAUUAAUAGACAAAGCACACCAGAGGAAACAGAUGAAAGAAAUUCUAUAGAACCAGAGGCACCUCACAGCCCUGGGCCCCGUUUACAGGCCUCAAGUCCAACCAGGAGCCCAAAUGUAGUUGUGAGCAAAGAGCAAAUGUCCCAGACUGUGACAUGUGACACAAAGCUAAGAGACCAAUGUAAAGGCACCACAUGCAGUAGGUACGAGUGUCCUGCUGGUUGUUUAGACAGCAUGGCAAAAGUGAUUGGAACGGUGUUUUAUGACAUGCAAUCCAGUAUUUGCCGGGCAGGCAUUCAUUACGGUGUCAUUGACAAUGAUGGAGGCUGGAUGGAUGUCACAAGACAUGGCAGAAAGGACUUCUUCAUCAAAUCAUACAAAAAUGGACUUCAGUCCCUUGGGAAAUACCAGAGUGCCAAUGCCUUCACAGUAUCCAAAGUGACAGUAAAAGUUAUCACAUGUGAGACUACAGUUUCUGUGCUGUGCCCUUACCAAAAGCCAGCAAGACACUGUCCAAGGAUUUACUGUCCUCGGAAUUGCCUGCAAGAAAAUCCCCACCUUUCUCGAGUCAUUGGUACCAACAUUUAUUCAGAUAAAUCUAGUAUAUGCAGAUCUGCAAUUCAUGCUGGCGUUUUAAGCAACGAAUCAGGUGAUUAUGUUGACGUGAUGCCCCAAGACAACAGGAAGCUGUACAUUUCCUCGUACCAGAAUGGCAUAGUCUCAGAAAGCCUGCAGAACCCCGCGGGAGGCAAGGCAUUCAAAGUAUUCGCAGUUAUUUAAGCAUGUGCUGAAAUCGCAGUCACUCAAUCAACACGUUGUGUUGAUUAAGCUGUAAUAGUGGGCCUUUUCUGCUCUAACCAGCCUAAAGUGUAUUUUCUUUCACACAAAUGUUGACUGAACUAGGUGUUUGCUGUAUAGAUGGAGACCCUUUCCAAUGCAUCAAGCUGGUUAGCCAUUGUAUUGCCUAAAAAUAAUUAGAGGAUCAUUCAGGGAAUCACAAUUCAUCACAUUACUAUAAUCUUAUGGUGUCAUUAUUGCAAAAAAAAAAGCACUUAGAGAGUUUUAAUCUACCAUUAUGUUACAGUUUUUCUAUGCUAUGUUUUUUAUUUUCAUUUGUUUCAUUAAAUGUUGGAGAAGUUCUGUCACUUAUCUAUAGAUUAAUUUAAUUUUUUUUCACUAUGUAUUUAUUUUUAUGUAUUUUCUUUUCUGCUGAUAAGGAUUUGAUAAAGUUUUUUUGUGAAUGUGGGUAUAAUCCUGCAGGGCAGGAGAUUACAUCUAAAAACAUGCAACCAAACCUUGUAUGAAACGUCCACAUCGUUAAACACUGUAAAUAGCUUGUUGUGAAUAGCUUCUUUAUAGUAUUAAUUGUAAUGAGGUGCUACAUUUAUGGGCAUUGUGCACUGUCUCAUAAAAACAGCUGUAUUAUCAGUUAAUGUUUUCCAAAACUAGCUUUUAUAUUAUGUCAGAAUAAAUUUGAGGUGCUGUUUGUAUUUCUUUAAAAGGGAUAAUUCACCAAAAAACUACAAUUUUGUUAUCAUUUCCAUACCAAGUUCGAAUUUCUUCUGAACACAGAAGAUAUUUUGAAUAAUGCGGGGAAGCAAACAAUUGACGGUAGCCAUUGACUUCUAUAAUAUGGAGAAAAACCACUAUGGAAGUCAAUGACUACAGUCAAUUAUUUGGUCACAUUAGUUGUUCUGACAAAGUUCUGGCAAGGUUCUCUCAAAGUUAACAUUACUAGAAAUACAUUUGUUCUUAAAUAUAAUAUUCUAUCAGAGUUUAAUAAUGUUCUCAGAACAUUAGCACAAAAGCAUGAUGUAUACAAUGUUCAUGGAAUGUUUUAUUUCUGAACCCUUUAUUUUUUAAAUGAAGAACAUUCAGAAGUCAUGUAUGCAAGUAAAGCUUUAUUCUGCUUAAAUGGGACUUCAAAACUCUUUGAAUCAGAGAUAUAUAUGUCAAAAAAGGUUACAAUUGGUACUUUACACUCUCCUCCCCUUAAAAUGUCUGUUAUAAUGGCCUAAUGUAUGCAUAUGAUUAUAUAUAAUUGUUUUUUCUACCUCACAUUGUUUAAAAACAUUUUACAAUAA